GGAGAUACACAAAAAAAAAAUAGCGUCAAAGUUCAGAUUAAAACCCUGCCAUCUCCCUUACUCAAGCUAUUCAACAUAUCCCUUCUGUACAGCAGCUUAAAGGCUUUUAGGAUUUUAGUUCAGGGACGGAGUGUUGAAAAUUAAAGUGCAUUCAGUUACUUCGGUCCUGCUACAACGUGUCUGAAAAAUAUUUUCCUUCAAGCACUGGUUUUAUUCACAGCCGUGCAGGUUUUGAGCUGUCAGAAUGAAGUUUCUAUUUCAUUUACUUGCCCUUGCUUUCAUCAUAAUCCCCACAUUUUGUGGAGUCAAGGAUUUCACUAAGCAUUUUGAAAGCCUUAAAGAUGCACAGCCACAUGAAAACGGGACCUAUGAUAUGCCAAACCUACCACCAGAGUUCCACAAAGAAAACACCAUCACUAAUGACUUGAUUCCUGAAGAGGAGGAGGAAGAGGACUAUCUAGAUCUCGACAAGAUACUGGGUGAAGACGACUACAGUGACAUUAUUGAUGCCGUCCCAUACAUGGUUUCAGAAAUUCAGCAAGGAAAUAUUCUUGAACUGUUCCAAGGCAAAACCAGAAUCCAGCGCCUCAACAUCCUCAAUGCAAACUUUGGCUUCAACCUUUACCGCAGUGUGGCAGACAAAGCCAACUCUUCAGAUAAUAUUCUCAUGGCUCCUGUCGGCAUUUCCACUGCAAUGGCUAUGAUCUCACUGGGUCUGAAGGGUCAAACUCAGCAGGAAGUAUUAUCUGUUCUUGGCUUUCAGGAGUUCAUUAAUGCCAGCACCAAAUAUGAGCUCAUGACUGUUCAUAAUCUCUUCCGCAAACUCACUCACAGGCUCUUCAGGCGCAAUUUUGGUUACACAUUGAGGUCUGUCAAUGACCUUUAUAUUCAGGAAGACUUCUCUAUUCUGAAUGAUUUCAGAAACAACAUGAAAACAUACUACUUUGCCGAUGCCCAACCAGCUGAUUUUUCAGAUCCUAACUUCAUAACGAAAACCAAUGAACGCAUCUUGAAGCUGACCAAAGGACUAAUAAAGGAAGCUCUUGUGAAUGUAAACCCUACAACACUGCUGAUGAUUCUUAACUGUCUUUACUUUAAAGGAACCUGGGAGAAUAAGUUUCCAGUGGAAAUGACAACAAAAAGAAGUUUCCGACUGAAUGAGAAACAAACAAUAAAGGUUCCUAUGAUGCAGACUAAAGGAAACUUCCUAGCUGCUGCGGACCCCGAGCUGGAUUGCAGUGUGAUCCAGCUCCCAUUCGUGGGGAACAUCAGUAUGCUGAUCGUACUUCCACACAAACUCUCUGGCCUGAAAGCCCUAGAAAAGCAGAUAACCCCUCAAGUGGUGGAAAAAUGGCAGAAGAGCAUGACAAACAGAACAAGAGAAGUGGUUCUGCCUAAAUUUAAGCUGGAGAAGAGCUAUAACUUGAUUGGUUUUCUGAAAUCCAUGGGAAUAGAAGAAUUGUUCAACGAAAAAGGAGACUACUCUGGUAUAUCAGAUGAGAAAGUCACCAUUGACAGGUUCAACCACCAAGGCACGAUAACCGUGAAUGAGGAAGGCACAGAGGCAGGAGCAAUAACCAACGUCGGGUUCAUGCCUCUUUCUACUCAGAUUCGCUUUAUUGUCGAUCGCCCCUUUUUGUUUCUUAUCUAUGAACACCGCACCAGUUGCCUUCUGUUCAUGGGUAGAGUUGUCAAUCCAGCCAAGUCUUAAAAGCAGAAGAGACCUCCAACAAGCUUUUUAUACAUGAGCGCUAUAAUUAAUUACACAUUAUUAUACCAGUAUGAUAAAGGAAAUUUUAUUGUCAUACCAGCUAAUACAAAAACCGCUGGUAUCAAAAGAAAAUACAUUAUCUACAGGUAGUAGAUGAUUUGACUGCAACCUAAAAUGGUUAGUGCCAUGUAUCGAUACAAGUGUAUUAAAAAGAAUAAAUUACAAAAUAACUUACACUGUGUUCUACUUCAGUGUACAAAAUUUAAUCAAUAAAAUGUUUAGACUAUCUGGAUUCUUAAAUCUUAGCUCUAAAUUUGUGCUACGAUGCCUAUUUAUAAUAAAUAAAAGAAAAUGGGAAUAAGCUUCUAAGCCUGGUCAGAUAUUCAGGAUUUCCUUAAGUCUCUCCUGGCUAUUUUACAUAAUGUAACUUGAAAAAGAGUAGGUAUCUACAUUCUUUCUUUUGCUUGCAUCAUUUAAAAUUCAGUAGACUUACACACCAUGCAAACGUAUUUUCCAAUAUUAUGUUUAACUUACUGAUUCAUCCUGCUUUUAUACACUGCCAUUUGAAAUUUUGCAUCUACUAGGAUUAUUUGCCCAUACAAAGCUUUUUUAAUGUGACAGCCAGUGAAAUAUCAGUAUUAGCUGUUGGAGGAUGAUGAUGAGUUGAUAUCAAAUCAGCUCCAAUGUUUCUUUCAACUCCUGUCUCACACUGCGCUUACUUAUAAGCCCACCAUGUGGGGGACAAUUUUCAGUAUUGAACUUUCACAACAGGAUUAAUAAACAUUCAUACUAACAUAUAUUGUUUUAUCUAUAUUAAAGAAAAGCAUGUUCAAAACUCA